AAAGACAUCUCCUUUGUUUCAGUCUUUCGCAACCUAUCUCUUUCCCUAGACGGGGCCGACCAUUAAAAACAAUCUCUCUCGCACUUCUCUAUCCCAAAGGCGUAAACGCCUCCAACUCUGCAACAUGGCUAGGCUCUUGGCUAACUUCACAGCCAAUCCUUUACUUGGUCCCGGAAGACAUUUUCAGUCCGAAGAAUAUAGAAAACCAAGAAGAUGUGUGAAGAUGACGUACGCUUCACAAACACCGGUUAUGACCAUCAAGAGCUUCUCAGGGUUAAGGUCUGCCAAUUCAGUGGAUCUAAUUGCAAGCCCCGCUCAUGGUUUCUUUAGUAAAAUUAACUUUCAAAUCACAUCACGGAAAGGAAAUGCUAGCCGGUGUGUGACAAAGGCUAUAUUUGAGCGGUUCACCGAGAAGGCUAUUAAGGUCAUAAUGCUGUCCCAAGACGAAGCUCGGAGACUUGGCCAUAACUUUAUGGGGACUGAGCAGAUUUUGUUGGGGCUGAUUGGGGAAGGGACUGGUAUUGCUGCAGUGGUUCUUAGAUCCAUGGGGAUUAAUCUUAAAGAUACUCGUGUGGAGGUGGAGAAGAUUGUUGGAAGAGGUAGUGGGUUUGUGCCUGUGGAGAUCCCUUUUACUCCUCUUGCAAGGCGUGUCGUGGAGUUGUCACUAAAUGAAGCAGGACAACUAGGACAUAACGACAUUGGGACAGAGCAUCUUCUGCUUGGUCUUGUUCGAGAAGGGGAAGAAGGUGUUGCAGCUCGUGUCCUGGAGAAUUUGGGUGUAGAUGCUAGUUUCAUUCGGACGCAGGUUUUACGUAUGGUUGGAGAAACAAUGAAGUGA